AGAUACAUUAUAGUAUAUCGUAUAUUCGUUACAAUUCGUAUCGAGAUCGACCAUCAAGUUUAAUACACUGAUAUAUCGAUUGUGACGUCACCUUUGAAUCGAAUCACACCAACCAUUUGAGACAUCGUGUGUUAUGCAAAGUUGAAUUAUUUAAAAUGGAAGAAGACAAAGGAGAAAUCUUGGGCAACUUCCCUUCAUUCAAUGCUAUGAACUUUACCAAGUUUGAUCCGCAGUCAAAUGAUAAGAAGAAAAAGAAGAUUUCGGUUUACCUUUCAACAGAGGAGAGCAAACCACAGCAAGUGAUCAAGAAAGACCGAAGUUCGAUCUUGUUAAGAUAUUUGUAUCAACAACUUGAUAAAAAAAAACACGAAAACUUGAAACACAAGAUCAACACGGGGGAUUCCCAAGCCAGCGCGGACGGGAAUCCCCCCGAUGACGAGCCGAGAAGAAAAAUUUUCAAACCAUCGCAUUCCAAAGAUGACGUCACUUCCACGUCAUUUUCGGAGAAGACAUGAAAGUUACGUCAUCGAUGGAUGAAACUUGCGAUGACGUACCAACUGAUGACGUAUUGCCACAGUGACGCAAUUGCAGUGACGUCACCAGCGCGGAUAUAAUAACCAAUCAACUUCACGCGUUAUGUGUAUUUUAAGGGUCGUAACAUUGAAGUGGCGACCGUUACACGACACUUAUUUAAUACGAGCCACUGUAAUAAAUUCCCUCGAAAGUUACCAUACAGAUAUAACGCUUGUUAAGGGUUCUAUUCUCCUGUUUGUCUUUAUAUUUAGAUUAGAGAAUGUUAGAAGGGACCAAUAUGUUUAUACUUCGGUAACAUAGACAUCGUAUAAAACGUAAGAAAGUUUCAUUUUAUUACCGUGCACUUGAAUUGUAAAAUGUUUUAUGCUGUCGCGUUCAAAUGCGUCUAGACUUUGUUAAUGUGCGACCCUGGUUCUAAUUGAAAUCGAGGUGGUACUAUAAUGCACGCCCGAAAGGCAUGGGUGUCUUGUUUAUAAAGGAGCAGUUUGGUUUAUAAAUUCAUUCACAC